GCGAACAAUCCAGAGAGAGAGACGAUGUACAGGACAUGAGCAAGAACUUUGUUGUGAAAGAAACGCUCUACGACAGCGUGGCGCAAGAAUUGUGUGACAACGACACUGAGGAAGAGGAACCCAGUGACGACGUUGAUGAGGAGGGCGAAUCGAGCGACGACGAUGAUGAGGAGGAGGAAACGAGCGAGGAUGCCGAUUCAGAAGACACAGACUUUGAGGAUGAUGAAGGGAAGAACGAGUCGGGAAUUGAUGUCGAUAUGUUCAAGAAGAGUCUAUCUGGAGAACUUUUAGGAGAGAGAAGAGGACUGUACAACAAAUCAAGUAAGAGUGAGAAACCUCCUUACAACAUGGGAAAGCACGGCAGGAACGCACGUGUGUACAACAAGAAAGCUAACUACCACGUGAACAUGAAGAAUGUCGAACUAGUUCUGAAGGAAGAUUGCUGCAAGGCCAACUGUUACAAGAAGUUCACAGCGGUAGAUGUUUUCUACAAGCGCGAAAAUUUUUGGGCGAUGAAACAACUUGAGCAACUGAACUUCUUUCUCGCAGAGAUGAGGGUUGCGUCGUACUUUUCGGAUGAGGGAGAUUUAGAGGUGUUAAGGGUGACGUUCAACGGCGUAAAGGUUUGCACAAAAGCGUGGGGAAAGUUGUACGGAUGCUCGACUACACGUAUUGCAAAGAUACGCAAAGAAUUCAGAGAAGGAAUGGUGUUGUACGAGCAUGCAAACAAAGGAUCAGUCAGAUUAUCUCCUUCAUCACAGCAAAUUCUCGCAUGGUUGCAUGAAUAUUUCCAAUACAAUAAAGAGAGUAUGCCAAACAGCGACCAGUUUCAUCUUUCAGAUACUCUCCGACGCAGAGAUGUGUAUGACUUCUUCAAGCGAGACUGCAAAGAGUUGUACACGAAUAAGACUCUUCCUUCCCGUUCCGGAUUUAUGACCAUUUGGAGGGUUCACUGCCCGAAAGUUCUUAUUCCUGCAUUGAAGAGGUUCUCGGUCUGUUCCACAUGUCUGAAAAUCAAGACAUGCCAUUCACAGGCAACAAGUGUGUUCGAACGAGAAAUGUUUGGCAAGGCACUAGAGAAGCACCAGUUAAUGCAAGCAGAAGAGAGACAAAACCUCAGUAAGCAUCGCCACAAGGCUUCAAGUCAUCCGUCAGAGUAUGUCGCAAUGAUCAUUGAUGGGAUGGAUCAGAGCAAGUCUGUGCUGCCACACUUCACUGAGGUUCCAAAGGAUUCGAAACUAAAAGAAGGGAACUUUGUGAAAGUUCACGUGGUUGGGGCUAAGGUGCCAGGACUCUCAUCGAACGCCUCUGCAACUGUUUUCUUUGACAACUUCAAAUCAGAUUCUAAUUGCAUGCUAAUUGUUCUUCAUCGUCAGAUUUCUCAACUUCCUGUACCAUUUCCGAGUGUCCUGUAUCUUACACUUGAUAACACUUCGAAAGAGAACAAGAACAAAUUUGUGUUGUCAUAUCUCGUGUUCUUGGUGAAAAUGAGAGUGUUCAGUAAAGUUAAGUUAAAUUUUCUUCUUGUAGGUCACACGCACGAGGACAUCGACCAGAUGUUCAGCUGUUUCUCGAGAAAGCAGGCUGCACAUGGUACGUUCGAUCUUCUUGAGUUGCAACACGUGAUUAGGGAGUCGUACAAAGUAGAACAAGAUCAUGGCGUGCACGUUGAGGAGAUGACGAAAACAAUGGACUGGAAGUUGUACGUUCAGGAUCAUCUACAUAAUGUCAAUGAUAUUAGCUUCAACCAACAUUUUCGAAUCAAGCGCAACGACAACGGGGAGGUGCGCAUUUGGAACAAGCAAUAUCAUAACUCGCAGUGGCAGCCGAACGACAAAGAAGGUCUGGACAUCUUCAAGUCAGAGCCAACAGGACAAGUUCAAGCUUCGCCAAAGCAUGCAAUUCGAUCUUUGGAAGCAAGAUAUCGACUUACUUGUUGGGGUGAGGACGAGAAACGUGAUAAGGUCGUCAGCAGUGAAGGUCAUGUCUAUAAUAAAAAAGCGGGAGGAUCUUCGAAAUUCAAGGUUGACGAUGAUGUAUUUUCCAUCGCCGCCUUGAAAGCCAACGUACAUGCCCCGUCGCAUUACGCUCAACCCCACAACAUUGAAUGGUGGAAUAAGUUUAUAGCAACGCAGGAAACUUUCGACCUUGAGGACACAAACCUCAAAGAGUCUUUCGUGUGACCCUCUAUAACAGUUGAUGUCAGCAGAGCAGGUGAAGAAGUUCCACCAACUGCUAACGGCUUUGACCAAUGCU